AUGAAGAGAGCUAUAUCUGAGGACAUCGAAAAUCAUCCUUCGAAGCGAGCCAAAACGGCGGCAGAUGAUUCACCAGACGAAGAGGAUGAGAGCGAGAGCUAUGCGCUAGGGACAAAAGUGAUGACCAAUUUGAGGAAACUGAAAGACCCAGCGACGGAUGAUAAGGAAAAAUUGAGAAUACGAGCCGAGAUGAUUCGAGAUCUACGUGCAUUGGUAAACACACGGUAUGGCGAACAAUUAGUUAAUUCUCCUGAUUGCGAUGAAACCUUCGGAAAUCAUGUCCUCAACUUAAAUUACAUUACUCACUGCUUUCAAAUUGUUCACAGAAUACGAGCUUUGAACUCGGAUUUGAUAAAAUGGGUGAUAAUCAAGUUAUUGGCGGCCAAAACAAAUCAACUUGUCAAUGAAAGGAUGGGCGAUGUGAUACAGCAAUCGAUGCUUCUCAUCUUUCGACUUCUAUCUGAAGAGGCACAAAAAGAGUUAGCUCUUUAUAUUGUUCGCCAACUGAUCGAUGUGAUGGCUGAAGACACUUCUUAUCUGGUCUUUCAUGACGAUGAUUCGGACAGAAUAAAUCCGGAGUUCAAAGUGCGGGUCUCAGUCGACGAAGAUUCUGGUGCCAAGCAAAUAGUUUGCUUAUCUUUGGUAGAGCUGAUUCGGCAUGGAUCUGUCGGUCUUGAAGCAUUCGAUGACAAUCAGGUGACUGGUCUCUGGUGUUGCCUUUACGAGUUGUGCGCUAACGCCUUAGAAGCUACCCCAAUAGAUGCAAAAGUUUUAACGAGUUGCCUCGACACAAUGCAAAAGCUUUUUCAUACUGGCAUAUGGCGCCCUUGGACAUGCGGAUUUGCAUUAGAUGCGGGUUGCAGCAUCUACAUUGAAUUAUUGGAAAACUGUAAAGAUCCACCGCUUGAAUUACGAAGAAAUGCUGUUUCAUUCCUAAAAGUUUUUACAUCCACAGUCCUUAGCAACAAGUCCAAGUACAAGGACGAGUUAGGUGUUGGGGAUCUAUUUGAUUGGGGCGAAAGAAUUGGCCAUCUUGUUGAAAUUUCACUCGAAAAUGUUGAAUGUGAUCCAGCAGAAGUGACCGCUCUUUUUGAUAUAUUGCGUUUUAUUCAAAAAAUCCUGUCGGCCAUAGAAGACGAAGCUUGUUUUGAUGAUGAAACGGCUGUUGCGUUUACAACCACAACCAAGGAAUUGAUAAAGCAUUGCUUGGACACGACAAAGAAUGGAUACACUGGACUCGUUGUUCGACGAUUACGCUCAAUGCUUCACUACGUACUAAUGAUUGAUCAUGUGAAGUCCAAUAGAGUGAACACGGAAUGGUUGUUUCAAUUAUACCAAAAAAGAGCUCAAAACUUUGAGAGCAAACUUAUGUACGACGAAGUUAUUGCUCUUCGGCACACAUUGGCAUCUGCUAUAAAGCCGAAUAAAGUGGGAAAUGAGGAAUUGUUGAAACACUUUUUACCUUCUCGUGCAAAUAUUGAACAUUGGGUUGCUAUCGCAGUUAAACUCUCAUCACCGGCAAAAACUGGCCAAUUUCUACUAAAGAUGUUCGAAUAUCUCGCAGAUGUGGCUUCGAAGAUUAAUGAGGAAGUCGGAAUGAAUCUGGCCUUGUUAUCAAUUCCGUGGCUAAAAAUUAUCGAUCUUUCAACGGAACAGCAACAUAAAAGAAAACUCCCCCUCUUAAAAGUUGCUGAAUCACAAGCGAAAAUUUGUCGACAAUAUAUUGAUGAAAAGAUUCUAUGCCGCACCUUGAAAUCCAUUUGCCGAAUUCAUGUUGAGGGAUGGACGGAGUGGAGGCGUCAAGUUUUUGAAACAGCACUUCACUCACAUGAGCCAUCGAUUGUUGAAACGGCCCUUAAUUCAUUUGCCGAUCUCAUAACUCGCUCAACUCACGGCCCACUCUUUCAAGUGCUGACGAAUGCAAUUCCAGAAGCUCUAUUGGCGAAAUCCGAUAUCCAAUUUCUCUCGGGAAUUUUUGCGGCAUUCGCUAAAGCAAUAUGUGCUUCUGAUUCAUCGGCUGAGGUGCGUGGCUCAACGAUUACUUGCAAGAUUUGCACGAACAGUGAAGCUAGAAACAACUCUUCGGCAACUAUGAUGGAGCUCCCAAAGAAACUUUCAAAUGCCUUAUUAAAAAUAUUCACCGAAGAAGCUCUCAAACAAAGUGUCGAUCAUUUAGUUCAUUUACGGAAAGAAGCGUGUGCUCUUUUAUGGAGUUGUCUGUCUCACAAUUACAAAAUCCCUGAUGACAUUAUUUUUGCAUCAUUCACUUGUAUUAAAGACUCGGACGAUGAAGUUCGCAACGAAUUUUUGGUCAGCUUUAAAUUCAUCGUCUCGAACUUGAAAGCUGGCAAAGAAGGGGAGAAACUGGAGAAUGCGAUACGAGAUGCUUUGAAGACUCCUAAUAUGAAUCAGAUAGCUCUACCAUCAAGCAAAGUCUACUCCUCGUUUGCUCCGUAUUUGUACACUGGCGCGAUAUUUUCUCAAAACAAGUCUUUGGCUCAAUUUUGUUUUAUUCGCUUUCUGACACGAUGGAUGCGACUCGAUGAAGACUCGAUGGAGACAAAACAAAUUGAUACUCUGGUGAUGCAAAUGAUACAAGAACGAGCGGAAAAUGAAAAGAUAUCGAUUCAAUCUCUUUUCUUGCGGAAUUCUAGGGAGAUUUGCAAAGAGCUGGCCGAGGAACUACGAACUUUGGCUUUUACCGCCAGAACUUGUGCUGAGGAAAAUAGUUCCCCGGAAGAAGCAGCAAUUCAAGCCGAAAAAAGCGUGGAUGUUCUAAUUGACAACAUCAGUCUUGUCUUUAAAUUCAAUGCCAGGAAUUUUCUUAAUUUUGCAGCUGUGCACGUGGCUUCGUAUCUUCUACUUGUUUGUGAUGUCGAUACCUAUCAUCGAGAGGAUAUCUUUCUUUGCUUAAAUCGCAUCUGUCUCGGCGUAAAUAAGCCAAGAGCUACUCUUUUAAUCGAGAUACUUCCCUCUAUUUUCGAAAAACGCUUUGAACGUUGUGCGUUGUUCAAGAGUACUAUGGAUCGACUGAGAGCCGUGUACCUGGCAUAUGCAAAUGUUGAUAUUGAGAGUGUUUGGGCAAGUAGACGUUAUACAAUUGUUUACAGCCUUCUUCGUUCGCUGGCUUACAAUCCGGAAGAGGUCUCCAAGUUACUUCAAAAGACUUUGCCUGGGUCUCAAGAGCCUCGUGAAAAAGGAAAAGCCGAUUCUUCUAGCACAUUGACGGAAAUUCUACGCUACAAUUGUGAAUAUCUUGGAUUUUUGUUGUCUUUUCGCCGUCAUCUCGAAGACGAGGAAAAUUAUGAAUUACGAGAAACAAUGUUGAAAUCAAUUGCGAUUAUUAUUCGAACAAUUGAUAAAAAUUUUCUCGAAAGGAUAGCGACAAAGGUACUCAUCCUUUUGAGAGCCGCAACGGCUACGCUGGGACAGAUGUGCUGGAAAAUCUGGUGUGAAUUUGCAAGGGCACUGCCUGCUCGACAGCGUUCAGUUUUACUGCCUCAAAUUUUGAUUGCAGUCGAGCCACUUUGUUUGGAAGACGAAUCACAUGAGAUUCUCGAGGCUUUAUUCGAAGAUAUAAAUGGCGACACAGAGAGACGGGAAGAACUUCUACCGACGGCUCGCGUACUUGCUUGGCAUAAAACGGAUAAACCAACGGCGAUGACAAAGUACCUGAAACAAAAGGUCCUUGGCUCCAGUGAGGCGCCGAUGGAGACGAUAAUAAAUGAUGCAGCGAAAAUGUUGGAAGCCGAGUGUGACGUGGUGGGACGAGUUGUACUGCAAAGGAUUCUAUCAAAUCUAGACGACCCCCUCACUGAUGAAACUUCCAUUGGCUUGCUGGUUCGUGCUUUGUUGUAUACGAUUCGUAAUUGCGGACAAGCGGAUGUGCGUGAAUUGGCAGCUCGUUGUUUGGGGCGUAUUGGUGCUGUAGAUCCUGGAAGAGUUGGGCUCUCUUUGGCACACCGUAUGGCUCACAGAACAAAACAACCCGGGACUCAAAACGUUUUUGUGGAUGAUCCGAACAGUCAAUUCUUCAUUUAUUUGCUCGAACGUUGCUGGCGAGUUUAUUCAACGAUUGUCGAUCCGGAAUUGAUCAACAGCGCAGAAUAUUCGUUGCAGAAGCUACUGAAAACAAUGGGCGGAAUGGAUGUGCUAGGAAAAGUCAAUAAUUCACAGUGCCAACAAGAUCUUGAGCCUCUAAUUAGCACAAGGUUAUCACCACAAGGCUCCAGUCAAGACAUCGUAUUUGAGACACCUCUUGUUACGAACUCGACCAGUUAUAAUCAAUGGUUACUCGAUUGCUUUUUGAUGGGAAUAUCAUACAUUUCGGCUCCUCUUUUGUGUGACGUCUUCAAGAAUUUGCGCAAUAUAGCUGCAUGUUAUGAUGCCCCCUUUUUGUGCGAGCUUCUACCUCACGCUAUUAUUCAAUUGAUCAUUGAGUUAAAUUUCGAAGUCGUCAAGAAGUUUGCUGACGAAAUGGAGUUAUGUAUACGACUGGCGACGGAAGUUAUUGGCUGGCAACGAAUGACCGCUAAUGCUGUAUUCUGCGUUCUUGACUCACUAGAGGCAUUUAUUCUGAGAAGAAAGAAGCAAGCGAACAAGGAGAAUGACAAAGUACUCAAUUUGGCUACUCAAGUUCACUCAAAAAUUGUUGGAUUGAAAACAAAGGACGGAGAAUUUCUUGUCGUUUUGGCGGCUGAAAAAUCGGGAUGUUUGUUACGUGCGCUGAGAUGGUGUGAACAGUAUGCCAUCGAUGGAGUAGACCCAAAAACCGAACGACAUUCUUUCUACGUUCUCGAGCGGAUUUACACUGCCUUGGGAGAUGUGGAUGGGGUACAAGGAUCAUUUGAGACUAUUCGCAAAAAGAACUCACCGACUCCUGAUGAAACGAUUCUUGCUUGUGAAGCUAUUGGAGAUUACAGUGAAGCCAUGCCACUUUACGAACAAUGUACGGAAAAUAAAGAAUAUCGCCUAUUGAGAUCCCUUAUUAGUUUGAAUCAACCUAUGCUUGCGCUCACAACAGCUGAAGAGAUGUAUCGACGCUACUCUUCUGAUGGUACUAGUUUGACUCUUCGCGCCAUUGAAGACAUCCAAAUGGAGGCCGCCUGGUACCUUAGAGAUUGGGACAAAUUAGGAGAUCGUAUUGAAGAGUUUCAACCAUUAUCCGAUAAUCGAGAUACUUCAUGGGGUGCUUCUUGUGCUAUUGCCUUACACGCUGUCCGUAAAAGAGACAAAAAUUUGAUCGAGGAGUGCAUUCUUGCUAGUCGACAAAGAGUUAUUGAUGGUUUAAUUACAAUGACAAUGGAGGAUGCGGAUGCGUACGCACAAUCAUAUAAAUAUUUUACGAGAUUACACAUCCUAGAUGAGAUUGAAGAAUUUUCCUCUGCACCUCCCGGUGUUCAAUUGGGGUCACUUGAUAAUACGCUGAAAAAGUGGCAGAAAAGAUCGGAGAUGGUGAUACAAGAUACAUCGUUCCUUGAACCAAUAUUACGUGUAAGAAGGGAGUUGCUUGCAGACGUCAAAUCAUAUGCUCCACAGAGGUCCCAGCUAUUACUCCAAAGCUCACGUUUGGCACGGCAAGCUGGCCAUCUUCAAAUUGCAUGGACUUUUCUGUGCGAAGCAAAAGCCCUCAACACUUGCGAUUUUGAGUUGGGAGCUGAGGAGGCGAGAUUCCUUUUUCAAAAGAAUUCCGCUCCUGCAUCGAUUUCGGUAUUAAAUAGAAUGCUCGUGGGACCAAGAUUUAGCGAACUCCAUAACUUUUUCAACACUCUAAAGGCAAAACGACAUGACGAGGUUAAGCAAGCGGCGCAAGCAGCGCAUCAAACUCUGAAGUCUAUUCCAAAAGAGAUUCGAGUUCAAUAUGCAGAGAUUCAACUCAUGGCAGCCGAAUACAAUCAAAAGGCGGGUAAUAGAGAUUACAACGACCUUUAUCCCACUUACGCAUGUUUACGACAUUUGAAUGUAAGAAGUGAAGAUCUCUCUUAUCGUAUUGCCACUUUUUACGACUGUCUUCUUGAGAAGAGCUUGACUAGCAAUACGACGACAACUCGAGCAGACCAAGUGGUGGCUUAUGUGCUUACAACGUAUAUGGAUGUCUUACGAAAUGGAAAGUCACACUCUUUACACGUAAUGCCGAGAAUGUUGACGAUUUGGCUUGAUUACACCGAAAAUAAGCAUAAACUUUUAACAAAAGAAACUGAGCCAUCGAUUGCGAAAAACAUCAACGGAACGAUUGAUUCGCUAUGUAAUGCGAUGAGGAAGGUUUGGCAAACUGUCGAUGCGGUUUUGUUUUUUGAAUCAUUUCCGCAACUAAUCUCCCGCAUUUGUCAUCCUUCAAACAGCGUUUUUGAAUUGCUAAAGGAAAUUCUAUCUGGAUUGAUCAGAGCGUUUCCUCAUCAAUGUCUUUGGCAAUCUGUUGCUGUAUAUCGUCCCGAUAAACCAACGAAUGUACCACAAGCAAAGGGUGUGCCGGAUGCUGUAAUGGAAGAAAAACAGAAAUUCAUGAGAAUGCGGCUUGAAAGGAUCCACCAAGUUUUCGACGUUAUACGAGCGGCGAACCCUGAAUUAAAUACACUCAUCGAUCAAUACGAUUACGUUUCUUAUUUGCUUCUGAACUUUGCCGAUAAAUCAGUCUCUCGAACCGGCUCAAAUCUGAGUCUAAAGAAGGAUUUCCCAGAGCUUGUCAAUUUUUUUGGUAGUGGAAAGAUCAAUUCGAUGCAUUUGGCACGGAAUCUGGUCGCAGAAAGAUUCGGAAUAAAAUCAAAGGUUCGGAGGAUCGAUUCAGGCCGAAUGGGGGAAGGGCCGCGAAAAGUGGAGAUUAUGAUUCCUUAUACUGAGUUAAUGAUGCGUGCAGUAGACUACGCUUAUAAUACAAAGCCGUUGUCAAUGUCUCAAGUCUGCUUCAAUAGUCAACCACAAGGUCAAAAUGCGUUGAAUUCAUCAUUUGAGGUCCCCGAUGAAGUGUUUAUUCAUGAAAUUGUCGAUGAGUACAUGGUUUUCGCUUCCAUGGCUAAGCCUAAAAAGUUUACGGUUCGCGGAAUGGAUGGCAAACGAUAUGAUUUAUUAGCAAAAGGUGGCGACGAAUUGCGAAAAGAUGCACGAUUUAAUGAUGUCAACAGGAUGAUGAAUUGUUUAAUGAAACGCAAUCCAGUCGCUCGUCGUCGACAGCUGAUGGUCAAAACGUACACCGUGGUGCCUCUGGCGAGUGAAGGUGGAAUUAUGGAAUGGUUGCCAAAUUUGGAGACUUAUCGUCGUGUCCUUACUUCUAUGUUUCCCGGAAAGUUUGGAAAAGAUCCACCAGCCGUCAAACUGGAUUUUACAGAAUUUACUCGAAUGAACGAUGAACAAAGUUUGAAAAUAAUGCGUGAAAGCUACUAUCCAGCUCAUCCACUUGUGCUUUCUGACUGGUUUCGGCAAACUUUUAAUGACCCAUGUUCUUGGCAUUCCGCACGAUUGGCGUACGUACGCUCGACAGCUGUGAUGAGUAUGAUUGGAUUUGUGAUGGGUUUGGGCGAUAGACAUGCAGAAAAUAUCCUCAUUGACAAAAUUGAUGGUGUGACGGUUCACGUUGAUUACAACCUGAUUUUCAACAAGGGGGAGCAAUUACCCGUUCCCGAGGUUGUGCCAUUCCGUUUAACUCGGAAUAUGGUCGAUGGACUUGGACCCACCGGUGUUGAAGGAGCUUUUAGAAAAAGUUGUGAGGCAACGCUGAGCGUAAUGCGUGAAAACAAGGAAACUCUGUUGACGGUAAUAGCUACAUUUGUCCACGAUCCACUUCUCGAAUUUUUCAAGGCGGCUGAAAGAGCCAAUCGGCAGUCGCAUUCCAGCAAACAAUUCUUGCCAAGCGAAAUUGAUGCGAUGUCAAGUGAGGCAAAAGAGCGGCAUGCAAAGAAUAGCGUUACUCUGAUCACAAGACGUCUUGAGGGGCACAUCAUUAGUAUGAAGAAUCAACAUCAGUCCGAACAAACCUCACCGAUGAUCGUUGAAGGCCAAGUGGAUCGUUUAAUCGAGAUGGCAGCAGAUGAAACGCUUCUUUCAAGAAUGUAUCUCGGAUGGGCGCCUUACCUU